UAACACUGGCCCAAAUAACUUAACCAGAGAAACAGAUAACUUGACAGCUUAUGACAUUUGUGUUUGUUUACAUUUCAACUUUGAAUUGUUUAUUAAGUUGCAAUGUUUGUAUUGAAGAUAAAAAUUGAUUUUUUUUAAGAAGUAUGGAAAAGCUGCUCUUUCGCUUGGAGCAACCUCAUGGAACCGGUGAUAUUUAUGUAGCAUGGCAAAAAGGAUCUGGAAAUUAUUUAGCCACAACUGGUAUGGAUUACAUGGUAAAUCUGUUCGAUCGUUAUGGCCAAAUCAAAGAUAGAAUACGUUUACCCGGUUUAUGUUCAGGAUUUGAAUGGGAUACAGAUGGAGAUUUGCUUGCUAUCAUUUCACAAACUCCUCAAGUUAUCAUAUGGGAUGCUAAUACUCAGAAAAAACACACUAUAGAUGUAGGAUUUAGAGAUACUUUAACAUGUUUACUUUGGGCAAAAGAUUUACCUAUUUUAGCAAUAGGUACUGCUAAAGGAAAUGUUUCUAUUUACGAUCAUAAUUCUUCAAAAAGAAUACCUGUAAUUGGAAAACACACAAAAAAGAUAACUUGUGGAGCAUGGAAUAGUGACAAUUUACUUGCACUUGGUUCAGAAGAUAAAACAAUAUCCAUAAGUAAUAUUGAGGGGGAUACAUUAAGGGUUAUUACUUUAAGGGCUGAGCCAUCUGCUAUAGUCUUCUCUGAAAUGAAAGUUGAUGACCGAACUGGAACAGGUGAAAAUACCAUAAGCAUUCUGGUUGGAAGAAAAACCCUAUACCUGUUCAAUCUUUUGGAUCCAGAAAAUCCAAUAGAGUUAGCUUUCCAACAGCAUUAUGGCAAUAUUAUUGCAUAUCGGUGGUAUGGGGAUGGUUAUAUCCUCAUUGGUUUCAGUGCUGGAUAUUUCAUUGCCAUAUCUACUCACAUAAAAGAGGUCGGACAAGAAUUAUUUCAAAUUAAAAAUCAUAAAAAUGCAUUGACCGAUAUAGCUGUUUGUGAAACAGUAGGAAAAGCAGCUUCCUGCGGGGACAACAGUGUGAAAAUCCAUGAUAUAACAAACUUACAUGAAACAUCAAGUGUGUUGAAUUUAAGUAAUGAGUCUGGUUUGGAAAGAAUAUCAUGGAGCAGUGAUGGCCAGUUAUUAGCAGUGUGUACUAAAGCAGGUUCUCUAAAUGUAUAUGUCUCCCACAUGCGUUUGUUGACAUCUGUAUGCUUACCCAGAAUAGCAAUAUUAUCGAGUUUGACUGAAGUUAGCCUUUACAACUAUGACCCUACUAAGGUCAAACUCAUACCAAUCCCUAUUGCAUUGGACAUUGAACCUAGCUUUAUUGGGGUAGGGACAUACCAUUUAGCAGUAGGAAUGAACAAUAGAGUAUGGUUUUAUGAUUUAACGAAACCUCAACCCGGGAUUGAAGAUUCUCCAUUUUUAUUGAAAGAUAGACAAUAUCUGGGUGGUAUUACUGCAAUUAAAAUGAAUUCUGAUUAUGCUGCUGUCUUUUAUGAAGGAAAAAUUCAGCUACAUAUGAUUGAACAACCUGAUCCCAGUCAAGAAGAAAGGGAAUCUAUUAUUUUUCCUAGUAAAUCAGAGGAUAACAUUACUUGUUUUGCUAUUACUGCAGACUUUUUUAUUUAUGGGACUGAUUCAGGAGAUGUUGUGUAUUUCUGUCUAGAAGAAUGGAGUAUUUCUCACGAAUACAAGCAUUCAAUUAGUCUUACAGAUAUUUUUGUUGAUGUAUCUGGAACAAGAGCUUUGCUGUUUGAUGUGAAAUCGCAAGGAUAUCUCUAUAAUGCAGUAUUCAAUAACGUCACCUUUGUACCUGAUAUACCAAAAAAAAUUACUGGUGUUACCUGGGAUAGUAAUUUAUCAGAUAGAGAUAUGUUUAUUGUUUUCAAUGAAAACGAAAUAUUUACCUAUGUUUAUGUCAAAAAUUCAGUUGAUGAUACUUCAGUAAGAAUGGUAGGUCAAACAGCUCUCAUGAGCAAGCAAUUUCCACUUCUGAUGACAUCAGGAGAGAUUUUAGCAGCUACAACAGGUGGCCAGUUGACCCAGUUGCAACUGAGCACACAUGAUAUCCCAAACAAUGAAAAGAAUGUGAAGAAUUUAGAAACAUAUUUUCAAAAACAAUUGGCUCUGAAUAGGUUCUCUGAAGCUUAUAGCAGUUGUGAGUUGAUGAAAUCUAAAGAAUCAUGGAAAAAACUUGGUGAAGAAUGUUUGAAACAUUUAGAAAUUGAAUUAGCCAUAAGAGUUUACAAAAAACUAGAGAACAUUUCAAUGGUGCGUUCUUUAAAGAGCCUUUCUGAAAUAGAAGAUAUUAAACUUCUAUGUGGGUAUAUAUCACUUAUGCUUGGAGAAUUUGAUAGGGCACAAUCAUGGUUUUUACUUUCAUCCAAUCCUCAUUCUGCCUUGGAAAUGAGAAGAGAUUUACUGCAAUGGGAACAAGCUCUGGAUUUAGCCAAAAAAAUGGCACCUGAACAAAUUUCAUUAAUAUCUAGAGAAUAUGCACAACAGUUGGAAUUCAUAGGAAAUUAUGCUGAAGCACUUCUACACUAUGAAAAAGGCCUUCAAGAAAAUUUGAGUGAAGAACACACCUAUCUCUGUAAAGCAGGCAUUGCUCGUUGUUCUUUACACUGUAACAAUCUGAGACAUGGACUCAGUAUUGCCUUUGAAUUAGAUGCUAAAACCUUACAAAAGGAAUGUGCAGAUAUUAUGGAUAGGAAGAAGCAGUUAUCUGAGGCUGCACUUCUUUAUGAGAAAUGCGAGAACUAUGAAAAAGCAGCGACAAACUAUAUUAAAUUAAAAAAUUGGUCCAAAGUUGGAGAACUUCUACCUAAAAUCAGCUCUGGAAAGAUACAUCUUGAAUAUGCCAAAGCAAAAGAAAAGGAGGGGCAUUAUGAAGAGGCUGCCAUUGCUUAUCAUAGUGCUAAGGAUAUAGAUUCUGUUAUAAGAUUAAAAUUGGAGUAUUUGAACAGUCCUGAAGAUGCAGUUGAAUUAGUGCAAGAAACAAAGAGUGUAGAAGGGGCAAAACUUGUAGCUAAAUUUUUUCAGGGGCUCAACGACUAUAAUUCUGCUAUAAGAUUCCUAGUAAUUUCAAAAUGUAAUGAUGAAGCAUUUGAGUUAGCAAGAAAGCAUGGUAAAAUGGAAUUAUAUGGAGAAAUUCUAUUGAAUACCUUUUCACCUGAUGAGUUGAAACCUCAAGACUUCGCAAGCAUAGCUUUGUAUUUUGAGAAUGAAAAAAAUCUUCUACUUUCUGGCACAUACUGGUAUUAUGCGAAAGAAUAUAACAAGGCUCUCAAGUAUCUUAUUUCGGCUGCAAAAUCUAACUCUAAGGAAAAUGCUGCAAUUAGCACUGCUAUUGAUGUUGUAGCAUCAUCCAAAAAUGAACAAUUAUCUAAUAAACUCAUAGAUUAUCUCCUGGGUGAAACAGAUGGUUUACCUAAAGAUCCAAAAUAUUUAUUCAGACUAUAUAUGGCUAAGAAACAAUAUAAGGAGGCAGCCAAAUCUGCUAUUAUAAUUGCAAAUGAAGAACAAAUUAAUGGAAACUACAGAAAUGCUCAUGAUGUUCUUUUUGGAAUGUGUCAAGAAUUGAAGAAUAAUAACAUAAAAAUACCACAAGAUAUGUUCUUCAAUCUAUUGCUAUUACAUAGUUAUAUAUUGGUGAGGCUACAUGUUAAGAAGGGUGACCACCUGAAAGGUGCUAGGAUGUUGAUAAGGGUUGCUAAUCACAUUUCCAAAUUCCCCUCACAUAUUGUUCCUAUCUUAACUUCAACUGUUAUCGAGUGCCAUAGAGCUGGAUUGAGGCAUGCAGCAUUCAAAUAUGCUACUAUGUUGAUGAAUCCAGAAUACAGAAAAAGUAUAGAUUCUAAAUAUGCAAAAAAAAUUGAAGGUGUGGUGAGAAAAGCUCCAAAAAAUGGUAAAAACGGUGAGCCUUUAGGAGAUCCUUUAGAGGCACUUACUCCCUGCCCAUACUGUGGUUCAAUGCUACCUGAAACAGAUAUAUUUUGCAGUAACUGUAAAUUGAAUAUACCUUUCUGUAUUGUGACAGGUCGACAUAUUGUAAAAAAUGACCUUACCGCUUGUCCAGAGUGUGAUUUUCCAGCAAUAAGAGUGGAGUUUCUUGAUAUUCUUCAAAAAGAAGAAAGUUCUUGUCCUAUGUGCUCGGAAAAAGUGGAUCCUAAGAGAAUUGUGAAAAUUGAAGACCCCAGUGUAUAUUUAAAUCUUGAAUAAAUUGGAUCUCGUAUUUAAUUCUUAAAUUUUUCCGAAUAGCAAAUAAUUAUUCCGUCCACAUAAUGUGAUAAAAUCACAGUAGAUACUGUAGUAGAGAUUACAAUUUUUUAGUAUUUGGUACCUUUUUUUUUGUUAGAAAUAAAGAAUAUCAUUAAGAUUUUUUAAAUUUGCAUUACUUAUAAUGAAAUACCAUACUUCAUUCAAUUGAAAAACCUCAUAUUGUUCAGAAUAACAUAUUCAUUGCACUUCCUGAAUAGCAUGGUUCCUUGAAAAUUAAGAUGCAAUUGUAAGGUUUCCAACAUCAAUGAUUAUAUUUUAAGGAGUAUGUGAUUUGUAUUCAUUAUUUUUACAAUGAUUAUUUCGAUUUGUUUCUUCAAUAAUAAAAUUUUAUUGAUUGAAA